UGAUGAUCUAUAGAUCUGCUGAUCAACACGGACAGGUUAGUCAAGGUUAACCAGCCUAAACUACUCUCCAAUUAACCAGGCUCGCUGAUUGGCCAGCGGCUGCACGUGACGUGUAAAAACUCUAAUUUAAGUGAACAUCAGACAUGCGGUGAGUUUCACGCACUGAUCAAACUAAAUGAUCGCGUUUCUGACGUAUUUCCGCUUAUGGAAGACGCGGAAGUGCUGUGUUUGUCCUGAUGUUGUUAAUAAAGUUGGGUUGAAAACACAAGCGCUAACAGGAAGUAAUUCUCUCAGACGGUUUGGUUUCUGGUUCCGAAGUUUCUGCCAGCAGCGCUGCGCUGUACCGGACCCUGACCCACUGCUGGCGGAACCGAUGAAUCAGAACCGAGUCCGAACCACGAAACGUUGACGCGUCGUCGCUUCUCCCGCACUGCCUGACGGGUAAAAUGCUAACAGCGCGGUGGCGGUGAUUGGUGGAGGCAGCUGGUCCAGGCGAGCCGCGGCAGGUUCGACCCGGCCCGGUUCUGCAUCCGCUCCCGGAGAACCUGAAGGUCCAGUUCAGAACAACGGCCAGAAGGAGGGCUCAGACCGGAACCACCAGAACCAGACAUGUCCCUGUCGGCCCAGAGGGACCGGGUCCAGAGGCAGGUGGAGGAGCUGGAGCGCAGCCUGGCGGUGAGCCAGGACCAGCUGGACCAGCUGAGCAGUGACACAGAUGAUGGAUCAGACAGUCAGGACGAGGAGGGACAGGAGGGACAGAUCCCAGCUGAUCUGUUGGCCCAGAAGCAGAAGAUCCAGUCAGAGAUCCAGAACCUGGAGGACAUGUUGGGUCCCCGCAGUGUGUCCCUCGACGUGUCCAGUGAGGACAGCAGCGACUCCAGUGACAGGAGCGAGCCGGACAUGUCUCCGAGUGCGUCCUCGUGUCUCCAGCUCAACCUGGUCUACCAGCAGGUGGUCCAGGAGACGCUGGACCAGCUGGAGGCGCUGCUGGCCCACAACCGCAGGCAGCAGAGGGAGCUCACAGCCCAGGUGAACGGACCAAUCAGAGAGCCCACCAGAGAAGCUCCUGCCUCGUCCAAUCAGCAUCCAGCUAAGCUGUUCCUGGGCAGCUUCCUGAAACCGUACUUCAAGGACCGCCUGACUGGACUGGGCCCUCCAGCCAAUCAGGAGGUGAAGCUGAAGGCUCAGAGGAUGAUGGGAUGUCCAGAAGACAAGAAGCUGAAAUUGAAGAGAUGGGAGAGCUGGCAGAAGACGCUGCUGGUCCACUCGGUCACAAGAGACCAGCUGAAGAGACAGAUGCUGCCCAAACUGUCCAGGCUGGACUUCCUGACCUCGAAGCUGUCCUCGGCUCACGGAGCCGACAGACAGCAGCUGACUGAGCAGAUCGAUGACCUGGAGAAAGACCUGCAGCUGCUGAGGAUGAAGAGGGAGGAGGAGCUUACUGGUGAUCGCUACGAAGAACACGACUGGCAGAAGAUCUCCAACAUCGACUUUGAAGGGACGAAGGACGCAGAGGACAUCCGUCUCUUCUGGCAGAAUGUCCUCCACCCGUCCAUCAACAAGACGGCCUGGAGCAGCGAGGAGGUCCAGAGGCUGAGCGCCAUCUGCAGGAGACACGAGGACAGACACUGGGACUCGAUCGCCCAGGAGCUGGGGACGGGCAGGACGUCCUUCAUGUGUCUCCAGAUGUUCCAGCGUUUCGUCUCCGACUGUCUGAAACGCAGCAGCUGGACGGCAGAGGAAGACGAGCAGCUGAGAGAGCUGGUCCAGAAGAUGAGGAUCGGGAACUUCAUCCCGUACACGCAGAUCAGUUACUUCAUGGAGGGUCGUGAUCCGACUCAGCUCGUCUACAGGUGGACCCAGGUUCUGGACCCGAGCCUGAAGAGAGGCUCGUGGACCAAGCAGGAGGACCGGCUCCUGCUGCAGGCCGUGGCCCGUCACGGGGAGAAGUGUUGGUGGAAGGUCCGGUUGGAAGUUCCUGGACGCACUGAUGGAGCCUGCAGAGACAGGUAUCUGGACUGUCUGAAGAAGAACAUAAAGAAAGGACCGUUUGAGAGACAUGAGGUGCAGCUGCUGGAGCAGCUGGUGAAGAAACAUGGAGUUGGUCGCUGGGCCAAGAUCGCUGCAGAGAUCCCACAUCGGAUCGAUGCUCAGUGUUUGAGAGAGUGGAGGAAGCUGGUGCGAGAACCUGCUCAGGACAGAAGGAAAAUCAGGAAGACCCGCAAGACGGGAGGAGAAGGAGGAAGAGGAGGUGGAGGAAGAAGGCGGGAUGCUGGAGGUUUCAAUGUUGGGAUCAGGGGAGGAAUACUGAAGGAGGAGGAAGAGGAGGUGCAGAUAACUGAAGAGGAGGAAGACGAGGAUGAGGUGGUGCAGUACAUGGACAGUGAUGAAGACUGUAACAAGAAGAGGAAGAGGAGCAUGGAGGAGGAGGAGCAGCAGGAGGAGUUCAUCCUGCCGCCGAUGGAGGAGUGGGUUCCAGCUGAGGCUAAGCAGAGCGCCACCUCCCUGAGCUUCACGCUGGUGGAGCUCCCUUCCUCCUGCGAGGCGCCGGACCGAACCGCGGUCCGCUCCACCGUGUUGGGACGGCCUGGACCCUCCGUCAUCAUCGGGCCUCCGCCCAGAGAGCUGCCCUGGGAGGAGCGCCACAGCUCCUCCGCCGUGCUGAUGGCGUCCCGGGAGGCGCUGCGUCUCCACCUGAGCGCCCUGAAGCAGAAGGUCGGCGCCGGUCCCCAGAUGGGGCGGCGGCCGCGGCCGCAGGCCCAGGAGCUGAGGUACGAGCUGCAGGCCGCCGUCGCGCCGUGGAUCGGGAACCUGCUGAUCCCAAAGAGCCAGAAACGGAGCGCCGCAGAUGUGCUGAGGGAGGGAGGAGAGAGGAGAGGCGUCUCCACCUCCUCCGCCUUCACGCUGCUUCUCCAGGCCAUGAACGUAGACACGCUGGGCUGCCGGCAGAUGAUUGAGCAGAGGAAGAACCAGGCGGCCCUGCAGGCCCCGCCCCCCACCCGGGGGCCCAAACGGGUCUCAGAGCUCCUCGCCAACAGGAAGAGGAGGAACCAAGAGGAAGAGGACCAGCGCAGAGUCAUGCUGGAGCAGCUACAGGAGAAACACCUGCAGGCUCCGCCCACCACGCAGGCUCCGCCCACCAUGCAGGCCCCGCCCACCACGCAGGCUCCGCCCACCGUGCAGGCUCCGCCCAUCGUGCAGGCUCCGCCCAUCACGCAGGCUCCACCCAUCGUCCAGGUUCCGCCCACCAUGCAUGCCCCGCCCAUCACGCAGGCCCCGCCCACCACGCAGGCUCCGCCCACCAUGCAGGCUGCGCCCAUCGUGCAUGCCCCGCCCAUCACGCAGGCUCCACCUAUCAUGCAGGCUCCACCCCAGCACCCUUCUGGCAGAUGUCCUCAGGUGUUUCAGUUUCCUCGUAGUCUCGUCGUUCCUGCUGCCUCCAUCUACUUUGCUCCACCUGCUCCUCCUGCUCCACCUGCUCCUCCUGCUCCUCCUGUGCUCCCAAACCCCGAACCAUCCUGCACCCCGUCCUCAACGGUUCCUGUUGGCUCCAGUCUGACCAGUAGUCUUGCUCCAGGAAGUCCAGCAGUGCUGAAGGAUGUGGGCGGAGCCAGAGAGGGUGCAGCUGGGUCUCGUAGUGAUGUGGGCGGGGCUAAUGCAGGUGUGGAGCGGACAGGUGACGAAGGAGCAAAGCAGAAGGACGGAGUGGAUCUGGAGUCUGGACCCCUAGAUUCAGCAGGUUCUUCAGAACCGGACCGGACCCAGAACUCAGACGGUCCUGCUGUCGGCGCCGCUCCCUGUGCAGCAGUUAGCUCCUCCUCCUCUUCACCUCUGACCUCUCCUGCACCUUUUUGCCCUGAUCAGGCCCCGCCCACCUCCACAGACACCACCGUCUGUCAGAGUGGGGGCAGGAAGAGGGGGCGGGUGGAGGCGGGCGGCGCCGGGCCGGGGCUGAUCCAGGAGGGGAAGAGAACCAGGAGGCCGACCCUGAAGAUCCGGGAGUCCAAGGAGCUGCAGGCUGCAAAGAAGAAGAGAAGCUCCGCCCCCUCAAAGCAGGAACAUGUUGGCCGGGUCCAGUCGAAGGGAAGCAGCGCCGCGGAGGCUCCGCCCCGCUCCCAGGCUCCGCCCCGCUCCCAGGCUCCGCCCCACUCCCAGGCUCCGCCCCCCUCCCAGGUCACUGCUCUCCAUUUCCUCCCUAACCGGUCCGUGUGGGUCGUGACCCCUGUGGCUCAGGCUCCGCCCCCAGCCCCGCAGGUGGGGCUCUUACCCAGAGGCCCUCCCCUGGCGUCUGAAGCCCCGCCCCCUCUGGCGGCAGGACGCUCCUCUGUGACCCCAGCUGCCCUUCCUGACCUCCAGCUCUCACCUGUUCCCACCUAUAGAUUUAAGCCCCUCCUCCCGGCCGUCACCCAGUCACCUGAUCUGACCAGCUGGCCCCGCCCCCACAUGCCGCUGGCCUAUCAGGGAGCGGCGGGGUGGCAGUCGGUGGGCCCGACCGGCCCCCCCCUCCGGAAGGCGGGCCUGCACUUUGACCCCACCCUGAUGUUCCUGGAGCCCCUGGAGGAGGUUCAUGAUUGGCUGAGAGGGAGAGGGGGCGUGGCCGGAGCGGGGAGCGCCCUCCCCUACCUGCCGCCGUCUGUCAGCACUCUGAGCGCGCUCAGUGGCCUCCUGCGGGCGAAGGCGUCUGUGACGGCGGCGGCUCUGCAGCUGACGGCGGCGGCAGGCGGCCGCCCCCUCCCUGACCACACCUACUGCACCUCCGGGGAGCCGGACGGCGCCCAGCCGCCAGGGCAGCAGGUGGCGCUGCAGGCCGUCCGCCACCUGGUGGCGCAGCGCUUCUCCUCAAACCCCGCCCACCAGCUGCUGAAGGCCCGCUUCCUGUCCCUGUUCACGCUGCCGGCGCUGCUGGCCACUGUGCAGCCAAUCAGCAGGAAGAAGCCAACCUGUCCGACCAAUCAGGAGGAGGAGGAGGAGGAAGAGGAGGAAGAGGAGGAGCUGAAACAAAUCCAGGAGAGAGGAAGGAGGAGGAGGAGGAGAGUCCUGACCGGAGCUGCUGUUCCCUAAGUGGCCACCAGGCGUCAGUGUUUCACCUCUGAGCCGGUUCUGCUCUGUUCUGGACUGGAACCAGAACCAGACCCGGUUCUACAGAACCAGUCCAUGCAGGCUGACCCAUCCACAUGUACGUGGUGCGUUCAGGAACCAUGGUCACAAUGUUGCACUAAAACAGUUUUGAAGUUGCUGCUUGUAAAUAUUUUUGUUUUUGAAAAAUAAUUUCCUAAUAAAAAAUGUUUGUGGUUUCAUGGCGA